AUGCUCCAGCCUCUGUCCUGCAGCAGCGCCGCCGGCCGUGCCCGGGAGCGCACUCUUCCCGGGAAGCUGGUUUCCCCACGGAAGGCAGCAGAGGGGGCCCUCGCCCCGCGGAGAGGCUGCCGGGGCUGUGCCCGGGAUGUGCCGGGGCUGUGCCGGGAUGUGCCCGGGAUGUGCCGGGGCUGUGCCGGGAUGUGCCCGGGAUGUGCCGGGAUGUGCCGGGGCUGUGCCGGGAUGUGCUGUGCCGGGAUGUGCCGGGGCUGUGCCGGGGCUGUGCCGGGCUGUGCCGGGCUGUGCCCGGGAUGUGCCGGGAUGUGCCCGGGCUGUGCCGGGCUGUGUCGGGGCUGUGCCGGGAUGUGCCGGGAUGUGCCGGGAUGUGCCCGGGCUGUGCCGGGGCUGUGCCGGGCUGUGCCGGGCUGUGCCCGGGAUGUGCCGGGAUGUGCCGGGAUGUGCCGGGAUGUGCCCGGGCUGUGCCGGGCUGUGUCGGGGCUGUGCCGGGAUGUGCCCGGGAUGUGCCGGGGCUGUGCCGGGAUGUGCCCGGGAUGUACCGGGAUGUGCCGGGAUGUGCCGGGAUGUGCCCGAGCUGUGCCGGGGCUGUGCCGGGCUAUGCCGGGAUGUGCCGGGCUGUGCCGGGGCUGUGCCGGGCUGUGCCGGGCUGUGCCCGGGAUGUGCCGGGAUGUGCCGGGGUUGUCCCGGGGCUGUCCCGGUGCCUCGGGACCCUCCGCCUGCCCCGAGCCUGGCUCGCUCGCCGCCUUUCUCUGCGGGGGACGAGCGGAGCGGAGGAAGGAAAUAGAAUUUUCAGGUGCUGUCCCUGAGUCUAAAGGGUGCGCUGGGAGGUUGCUGCCGUCGGAUGUAGCGUGCUUACCCUCUCCAAAAAUAAAAUUAAUCUCGGCAGCCCAGGGGGCGCGUUACUGUGAGCAGCUGUCUUGUUCCGGGUCUCCCCUCAAUCCUCCUUCCCUGCAACAGGUGAUCUGA